UGAUCAGAGGCGAGGCAGAUGGAGUUUGGCCAUCAUCAGGUACAGUACACACAGCUGGCGCGACUGCACUCUCUGCUGCCACUGAAGAGAGGCGUUUCACACGCACUCAACUGAGUUUUCCCUUUUCCACAGCAUUUCCUCGUGGAGCCUGGCGCUUCUUUUCCAGACUUUGGACUUUAUUUGCAUGGCACGCUGAGACUGACUGACAUCAGUCGAGUUGUGAUUUUAGUUUUUCAGUUGUUUGGAGUUGAAACAUGAGCGCGAGUGGAGACGCGAUGGCGAUGUUCGGGAUGCGUUUAGCGGAGGAUCAGAUUAAAGUUCUGGAGGAGAAUUUCACGAAGGUCAGCAAACAUCCCGACUACACCACGCUGAUGCUGAUCUCAGCGGAGUGUGGGCUGAGCGAAGAGGAGACAGCGAAAUGGUUCAGGAUGCGAAAUGCUCAGUGGAGGAAAGCAGAAGGUCUCCCUGCUGAACUGGGAUCAGUGAAGGACUGAUAGAAGAUCUUCGUGUUCUUCUUCUUCUCUCUCUGCUCCCGUGAUUGUUCAGUAGACCAUCUCACUCUCUCUUUUCUUAUUUGAGGAUGUUUUCUGAAGUCUGAAGAGCGAUAUGAGUCUUAUUAUAUUUUUAUUUUAUCUAAGGUGUAAUCUUUUGCUCAAAACGAAGUGUGUGUAUGUCAUACAUUUUAUUGCCAUAACUACUGAAUGUUCGUAAAUAAACUAAAUGUAAGCAUCUGUAUAUAAAGAAUUACAUCUGUAUGUCAGGGUUUGAUUUCAUGUGUCGAAUGAUUAGUAUAGAGCUUUAUCAUUAGGAGGAUCAUCAUGGAGCUGAGAAACAUCAGAGAGUUACACUUGAUCUAUAUCUUUAUUUAUAAACCUAAAACAAAAAAGGUCUCUUUAUCAUCUCAAUUGUUUGUGCUAGACACUGAGAUUAAAUUGAGAACAAAUUGACUCGUCUUCUGCUUUUUCUCCUACAAAAAUAGACCACAGCAUUCUCACAUCUGCCUCUACUAGAAGUCCAUAAGAAAUCUCUGUAAUGUUUCAAUGUCUGCUCACAUAAUAAAUAUUACAAUAUCAAAAGUCAAA